AUGCUUUCAGUGAAGCUGAAGGGUGGCUCCAUCAGUUUGAGUGUGUCGCCGAGUUCAACGGCUGGACUGCUACGCAACGCCUACUUUGCCCUCGAGGACUAUGCUCGGACAUGGUUUGAGAACCAUGAGGUGGCCCCAUCUACAUGGAUAUACAGCUACAUCUUCCACCUGGGUUACUACGACGUGAACAGACCAUGCUGUGAGGCCACCGCAGGGGAAGCAAGGAUCAUUGUCGACCGAAAGGCGCUUACAAAUUGUGCGCUCGAGAAGCUGGACCCAAAAGAGAAAGGGGCAAAAACACUUGGUGCAGCAGCUGCUGAUUUGCUACAUAACGCGUUUAUCGGGACUCCAUCGUUCUUACUCGGACUGUUUCCCAUCCUAUCGUGGUUGAGGACCUACAACCUGCGGACGUUCCUGCUACCGGACGUUCUUGGCGGACUCUCAACUGUCGUUAUUAACGUGCCACAAGGUCUCGUGCUGGCAAUCAUCGCCGGAGUCGAUCCAGCGCUGGGCCUCUACAGUACGCUCUAUCCGGCACUGGUCUACGUCAUCAUGGGAACUUCUCCUUACGUAUCUAUGGGCAUGGUCCCAGUGUCGGCCCUCAUGACAGGAGUUGUCGUGAAGAAGUACUCUGUUGUCUCGGACAAUGGAACUCUCGUUGAAAACGGUGUCGACGAAUUUUCUAUGGAGCGGUCACCUGCUGACGUGGCCAUUACGCUUACGUUACUCUGUGGGCUAAUUCAGGUCGGUCUGUGGUUGCUGCGGCUGGACCGAUUGGCAGCGAUCAUCUCACCUGUAACAGGCGAGGCAUUCCUCUCAGCACACUCCUCCCUACCCGGCAACGAUGCCGCCCACACCGCCGCUCGAGGAGCCACCAACCGAGCACCCGGACGGCUCAAGCUAGGAUCAGAGAGGGAUCGCAUGGUCAAUUACCAGGAAAUAACUCAGCAGUACAGAUUCCCCAUGCCGCGCGUGCCUUCCCUCAACCAAUGGACAUCGCUGUUACCUGACGCUGCAGCCAUCGCCAUCGUCCAGUUUGUCGUUACCUACACAAUGGCAGAACUCUUCGGCCGGAAGCGCCGCCUGAAGACAGACGCCAGUCAGGAGAUGUUGGCGUACGGCAUGAGCUGUGUCGUCGGUUCAUUCUUCAUGUCUCUGCCAGCCGGCUCAUCCCUGUCCAGGUCCGUCGUCCUCAAAGACGUUGGUGCGCGGACACAGGUGUCCGGCCUUGUCUCAAGUGUGUUCGUCGCGCUGACGCUGUACACCCUUUCUUCACUUUUCCGGCCAGUUCCUGAGUGCGUCCUCGCUGUGCUUAUCAUAGUCGUUCUACUUCCAAUGGUAUUCAAGCUGCGUAACCUGCCCAUGCUUUGGAGAAUCAGCCGUUUUGAUUUCGUACUUUGGUCGCUAAGCUUUCUGAGUCCGGUUUUUCUGAACGCCACCUAUGGACUCAUGGCGGGAAUUCUUUUGGGCCUCCUGAUAAUCUUCCUGGAGCUCAGCGGGCUGAUGACAAAAGAUGUUCUCGAUGUGCUGGAGAAGCUCAACUCGCUGAUUGCCAUCUGUGGCUUGAUAGUGUUGCUUCUCGGCAUCUGGCACGCUCCCGGCUGCGGCUGA